ACUUCCGCUCCGGCGGUGAACGGCAUCAUGGGAUUUGUAGUCUUUGCGCAGGCGCUAUAAAUAAGUGCUUACUUCCUUUAACGUCCUCUUUACUACGCGAGCCUGAGCGAGACAGGCACUUUAAGCCGCCAUGCCCGUUGCCAGGAGUUGGGUUUGUCGUAAGACGUAUGUCACCCCCCGCCGUCCCUUCGAGAAGUCCCGUCUCGACCAGGAGUUGAAACUCAUUGGCGAGUAUGGACUGAGGAACAAGCGUGAGGUGUGGAGGGUGAAGUUCACUCUGGCCAAGAUCCGUAAAGCUGCCAGAGAGCUGCUCACUCUGGACGAGAAGGACCCCAAGCGUCUGUUUGAAGGUAACGCUUUGCUCAGGCGUCUGGUGAGGAUCGGAGUGCUGGACGAGGGUAAGAUGAAGCUGGAUUACAUCCUGGGUCUGAAGGUUGAAGACUUCUUGGAGAGGAGGCUGCAGACGCAGGUCUUCAAGCUGGGACUCGCCAAGAGCAUCCAUCACGCCCGCGUCCUGAUCCGCCAGAGGCACAUCCGUGUGCGUAAGCAGGUGGUGAACAUCCCGUCCUUCGUGGUUCGCCUGGACAGUCAGAAGCACAUCGACUUCUCCCUGAGGUCUCCGUACGGCGGCGGACGCCCGGGACGCGUCAAGAGAAAGAACGCCAAGAAGGGCCAGGGCGGAGCCGGAGGAGCCGACGAUGAGGAGGAGGAUUAAGAAGGAGGUUGUGUAGGGGGUGUUUUCAUGCUUCCUGUUCUGUCUGAAUUCUAAAUAAAAUAAAUAAAAAAAGGUUUGACCACAGAA